AUGAAUGGCAUAAGCCCCAACGUGUUCUGCGCCAUUGUAUCGGUGUACGAGCGCUGCUCCAAUGCCUAUCCCACUGGCGUCAAGUAUGGAUUUCGGAUAAAACUGGCCUUCACAAACGUUGUUGUCCUUGUGGAUGACACGUCCAUUCAGAAGUACCUGUGCAAGAGAGAGAUGCUGAAUCGUCCCUCUAACUGGACAGUCCAAAACAACAGCAAAGGGAUCGUGGCUCUGAGCGGCCAGGCCUGGAAGGAAAACAGGCGCCUGUGCAUGCAGAUCCUCGCCGACCUAGGAUACGGAAAGGAGUCCAUGCACAUCCGCAUUCAGGAAGAAGCACAACACCUGGUGGCCAAGAUUGCUGAAGCUGGAGGCAAGCCGGUACUGACGCGCGAGUACCUGCAGGCCAGCGUGCUGAACAACUUGGCCUUCUACCUAUUCGGUGACCGCCACGACCUGGAUGACCCAAGGCGGCGCCAGUUGGACGCUCUCGUGGCAGGCUUUUUCGAGUCCGGCAUCGACUUCUCCAUCGAGUGGCUGCCUGGCUGGCUGAGACGAGCAUCGCAGCGUCUCUUUCCCACGAUGCGCUGUUCCGCCGUCACGCGGCUUACCGAGGACGUCACCAGCUACAUGAGGCAGGAGAUAGAACGUCACCGCAUGAUGCCAGAAAGCCAACGCCAGAGAAGCUUGGUCGAUUCAUUCCUACGAGAAAUUGAAAAUCACGAACACGGCGACGUCACAAUGAGCCACCUGGUGGGCAACGUCUCCGACCUGGCGGUGGCCGGCACGCUGACCACCACGACGACCCUUCAGUGGCACCUGGUGCAGCUGGCCCUCCAGCCGAGCGGGCUGCAGUCGCAGCUGCAGCGCGAGCUCGACGCCGCCGUCGGGCGAGAGCGGCCGCCUGCGUGGGAGGACCGCGGCCGCAUGCCGUUCACCGUGGCCGCCAUCUGGGAGAUGUACCGCUGGAAGGUGGCCACGCCACUCGGCCUGCCCAGGGAGGCAGCGGAGGACACCUACGUUGGCAAGCACUUCGUGCCCAAGGGCACCGUGAUCCUGGCGAACAUGUGGGCAGCUCACAUGAACCCCGAUCGCUGGCAGCACCCGGAGAAGUUCCACCCUGCCAGGUUCUUGAAACCGGACGGGUCGGCGCCCCUUGCACGGCCCGCAAACAUGUUCCCGUUCGGCGUCGGGAAGCGCAUGUGUCCAGGUGAACCGUUGGCGCAGGCAGCGGUGUUCCUGUACUUGACGUCGCUGCUGCAGAAGUAUCGCAUCCUGCCCGAGGAAGGCAGCCAGCUGGACAUCGGCGGCGUCUUUCCCAGCAAGGUGGCGGCCGUCAAGCUGCGCUUCUUGCCCCGCUGA